CGCGCCACGCCGCGUGCCCACCCCCGCGCGGUUGCUGCAACCUCUGUUAUCCUGCCACAGCCUGCUUUGCGCGGAGCCGGAGCCUGAGCCAGAGAGGUGCUGGGCUCCACGUGGGGCCCCUGGGCUGCGGCGCGGGCAGGCGAUGCUCCAGAGGCCUGAGCAGCUAUGGAGGCCGAAGUGGGCGGCCUGGAGGAGCUGACGGACGAGGAGAUGGCGGCGCUGGGCAAGGAAGAGCUGGUGCGGCGCCUACGGCGGGAGGAGGCGGCGCGCCUGGCGGCUCUGGUGCAGCGCGGCCGCCUUAUGCAGGAGGUGAAUCGGCAGCUGCAGGGUCACCUGGGCGAGAUCCGCGAGCUCAAGCAGCUCAACCGGCGCCUACAGGCCGAGAACCGCGAGCUGCGCGACCUAUGCUGCUUCCUGGACUCGGAGCGCCAGCGCGGGCGGCGCGCCGCGCGCCAGUGGCAGCUCUUCGGGACCCAAGCAUCCCGGGCCGUGCGCGAGGACCUCGGCGGUUGUUGGCAGAAGCUGGCCGAGCUGGAGGGCCGCCAGGAGGAGCUGCUGCGGGAGAACCUGGCGCUUAAGGAGCUCUGCCUGGCACUGGGCGAGGAAUGGGGCCCCCGUGGCGGCCCCGGCGGCGCCGGGGGCUCAGGCGCCGGGCCAACACCUGAGCUCGCCUUGCCCCCCUGCGGGCCCCGCGACCUGGGCGAUGGGAGCUCCAGCACCGGCAGCGUGGGUAGUCCCGAUCAGUUGCCCCUGGCCUGCUCCCCAGAUGACUGAGGACGCAGCUUCCUUCACGCCGACGCCCGCCCGGAUGGCUUCCUAAGCGCUCGAAUUGCGGUAGACCUCGGGACCUGGAAGCCGCCCCGGCUGCACACGACGGAUCACACUGGCUUGGACUUAGAAACCCUGGCACUGAAGAGGGCCUCUCGCUCUCCCUGGCAGGGCAUCAGGGGGACUGGAAGCUGGAGCGGAGGGACUUGCAGGGGGCUGGGUGGGGGCUAAUAAACUGGACGGAAGCAGAGCCCUUGGCCUGGGCAGCGUCUGUUUGGGACUCGCCGAGGCUAGGACAAGGCGGGGAUGUUGAGACGUGUAUCAGUCCCAUCUGGUGGGGCUACAGAACUAAGGUGUCUGAUUCCCCCCAUUACCUCAAGCCUGAGGCGGGAUGUGCGACCGUGGUAAGCCGCUGGCAACACCUCCCCCACCACCACCGUCAGGCCUUGGGCAGGCCUUGAUCCGGCCCCUGAAGUGACUCCAGCUCCCUUCCCGGCUCCUUCCUGUCCUAGACAAUGUGGCAGGAUGCAGGUGUUGGGGGCCUAGAAGCCACUCAGUCGCCUCCCCUGAGGCUGGAAGAGGCAUAAUAGCGAUAACAGCGCCCUCCUGUGGCACACGCAGGAGCUAGAUGGGCCCCCACCAGGAGGAGGAUGACAACCCUCUUGGCUUGCAUCCCACAGCACUCUCUUCCUCUCAAUCCUGGAGAUGAGGCAGAACAGAUGUAACUUCAUUUGUCAGAUAAGACAAUCGAGGUCCAGAAAUAUCAAAUAGCUUGUCCAAGUUCAUGCAGUGAGUCCGUGGAGCUGAGAACUGAGCCUAAGGCUUCUGGCUCCAAACGUCCUCCCUUUAGCCUCUGGAUCCAAUGAAACCAGGCCAGAGCUUCAAGCCUUUUAUUUCAUUUUGGCAGGUUUGUAUAAAAAUACUCUCUUUAGGAAAAUAAAUAGCAGCUGCCCUUGCGGUGGAGGCUUGGAUUCCCUGGAA